AUGAAGUCUAUACCUGAUGAGACUCCUAUCUCAGCUAUCUCCAUCCCUGGAACACACAAGAGCUUAUCAUUAUAUGGAGGAGAUCAAUGCCAGGUUUGGACCUUGAAUCAACAACUUAAAGUGGGACUGCGAUAUUUUGAUGUGCAUGCUGGGUUUAACUUACCCACCGAUAAAGAUGUUAUUAUCCGUGACGAAUCACCUCAGUCUGAACCAGAUUCACUAGAACUAGGUGCAGGGUCAGGUUUCAAUGAUCUCUCAGCCCUAGAUGUAAAAUUUCAUAACCUCGACUGGAUGAAGUCUAUACCUGAUGAGACCCCUAUCUCAGCUAUCUCCAUCCCUGGAACACACAAGAGCCUAUCAUUAUAUGGAGGAGUAUUAAUUCAAUGUCAAGUUUGGACUUUGGAUCAGCAACUUAAAGUGGGACUGCGAUAUUUUGAUGUGAAUGCUGGGUUUAAGUUACCCACCGAUAAAGAUGUUAUUAUCCGUGACGGUGGCAGGCUGAAUAAUAUUGAAGACAAAGUAAAGAAUAUGAGGUCACACUUCUGUAAUAAUCACAUUGUGCUGACUGACAGUGCAGCAUCAACAAUGGAGAGUCCUAAAUCUUUGGCUCAAACAAUUAACAAGAAGUUUAAUAACUUUGUGGAACAAUAUAAGAGAGAUCAAGUGAACAAGGGCUGCUUAGGUGUGCUGAGCUUGAAUUUCCCGAGUACUGAAAUUGUAAAAAACAUCAUUCAGCUGAAUCCAAUCACCAACAUCUCAACCAGAGGCACCGACUUCUGA